CGAGGCUCCACGGCGCAGAGCCCCACGCGUAUCUCCCGGCUGCAGGAGAAGGAGGAGCUGCAGUUGCUGAACAACCGCCUGGUCGUCUACAUCGACAAGGUGCGGAGCCUGGAGGGGGAGAACAGCGCCCUGCAGCAGCAGGUCGUCGAGCGGGAGGACGUGUGCGGCCGCGAGGUCACCAGGCUGAAGGCGAUCUACGAGGCUGAGCUGGCCGAUGCCCGCCAGGCGCUGGACAACACGGCGCGGGAGCGGGCCAAGCUGCAGAUCGAG